UCUCCUGUCCUCCGCCGAUAUAUGUAUUUUUCUGGCUCUCUGCGAGUCUUCACCAAAGAGUGCGGCUGUGGUUUGACAUUUCUGACGAUGCUGACCGCCUAAUCAGGCGUAGGUUAGCACCGGCGUACGGCGUUUGUUUAAGCCAAAAAUCUAGCUCGUCCAAACUGGAGAGGGAAGACAGAGAGAAGGUCCAGGCCAUGGUCUAGCUUAGUAGCCUCUCUCUAUAUAUAAAGGCCAUGGCAAAGCUGGUGCAGGGCUAGAGAAGAAAGGGUUGGAAGCCUAGAGAAGCUAGAGAGAGGAGAAGGACGUUUGUCUUGGACCAAGGAGAGAUAAGCUUGUCUUCUGUGAAAGGAGAUCGAGAUGAUCAAGGGAGACCAGAGGCAGCUUGGCAGCCAUGAAGAUCGGCUGAAAGAUCAGGCUCAAGAAGACAAGAUUGCGUCCACGAGGGCAGAGAUGGGCGAAGUGAGAAAAGAGAACGAGAGGCUGAAGACGAUGUUGUCAUGGAUGGUGGAGGACCAUCGAUCCCUUCAGAAGCAGUUCGAUGUUUUCCACCAGCAAGGACGAGGCAAAAACCUCGCCGUGGGCUCACCGGAGCACACAUCGCCCACCGACGGCGUCAAGGACCCCAGAUUCUUCGCAUUAGGCCUCGGAACGAGUGCGAGCGCGAGCACGAGCAGGCAGAACUUGGGAGAAGAGAUCAGGACCGGCACUAAUAAUCCAGAUGGCAAGGGCGUCUCUCUUGGACUUUCAUCAGGCUGCAAAGCUGUUGGUGCAGCUGGUCAAAGUGAGAUGAAGGUGCAGCCGGAUGUGCUGACGUUGAGCCCUGGAGGCAGCUCCGAGGAGGACGCCGCCACAGAGACGACAACAACAUCGAGCAAAGCAGCAAAGAACCCGAGGAGCACCGGUGGUGGCGCAGAGGCCGAGGAGGAGGUGGCCCAGCAGCCACUGGCCAAGAAGGCAAGGGUGUCGGUGAGGGCACGGUGUGACACACCAACGAUGAACGAUGGGUGCCAGUGGAGGAAGUAUGGGCAGAAGAUAUCGAAGGGGAACCCAUGUCCACGCGCCUACUACCGCUGCACCGUCGCAACAGGGUGCCCCGUCAGGAAACAGGUGCAGAGAUGUGCGGAAGACAUGUCGAUCCUGAUCACCACCUACGAGGGCGCGCACAACCACCCGCUCUCCGCCUCCGCAGCCGCCAUGGCCUCCACCACCUCCGCCGCCGCGUCCAUGCUCAUGUCAGGCUCCUCCACCUCGCUCGGCUUCCCCUCCGCCGCCUCCAGCCUCCACGGCCACAGGUUCGGCCUCCCGGCGGCCAGCGACGCCUCCUCCAGCCAGAUGGGUGGCCGGCCGUUCUUCCUCCCGACCGCCACCGGCGCGUCCAUCAGCGCCACGCCGUCGUACCCCACCAUCACCCUCGACCUCACCUCGCAGGCCGCCUCGCAGCAGGCCUUCUCCCUCAGCAACAGCAACAGGUUCUCCUCCAGCUUCAGUGGCGCCCACGGCCACAGCAGCAGCGCUGGUAGGUACCCUUCCACGAGCUUCUCCUUCUCCGGCUCCGGCGCAAGCAACCUGCCCGGCUUCACCGCGUGGCCGGCCGGCGUUGGAUCAUACAUGAGCUACGGAUCGUCGUCCGCCGCGCUCUACAACGGCGCCGGCAAGAGCUCGUUCGAGGACGCGCUGAGCGGCAUCAACGGAAGGCAGCAAGCCUCGGUGGCGUCCCUCUACCAGCCGGCGCAGGUGCAGCAGAGAGCGGCUCAGUUGAGCGGCGGCGGCACGGGCACGGCGGCGCCGAUCGUGCCCACCGACACGAUCGCCAAGGCGAUCACGUCGGACCCGGGCUUCCACACGGCGCUCGCGGCCGCCAUCACGUCGUACGUCGGCAAACCGGCUGCCGGAGGCGGCAAGGGGCUCGAGUGGGGGGAGCACCUCGGGCUGGGCCCGUCGAGUGCGGCGUGCUCGUCGGCGCUGCUGGCACGGUCGACGGGGGCGGCACCGAGCGGUUCUCCGCACGGCAAGAAGAUGCCGUUCUUGCAGCCGUCGCUGGCACUCUCGGGCUCCACCACCAGUGCUACUGCUUCCACCCCACCUGUGAAAAGCAGGGAGCACACUAAUUAGUUAGCUGAAGAUUGUGAGUUGUGUUUAUGGAUUAAUUUGAUCAUAUGGUGUAGAUAUCUACUGACUGUAGCAUAUUGCUGACAAUGUGUCGAUUGAUUCAUCAUUCACACCCUAAAUACGCCCAUUUUUGUGUUUGGGACAAGCUAAUAGCAAACGUGGUUGUAUUUUAUAUAUGGGUCAGCAGAAGAAGUGUUGUGAACUGAAAAUGAUACAUGAUAGCGCAAUAAUUAGUCCGUUUCCCAAAGAAAUAACAGGCAAAAA